GCAGGCCAUCCUGCGUGUCGGUCGCAAACGCCAUGAGCUCCACUACUCCUUGCGACCUUACCAAGACGAUCUUGACCGUGGGCCAGGAAUGCCCACUGACAUGCCAACAGACUGGGUCCAACACGUGCGUAUUGUACAAGUCCGCGACCGACUGCACGUCCGUGAACGCCAAAUCGGGUCCGUGUGUGACACAAAGCGAUAUCGUACGCAGCCUGGGGACGAAGGAAUGCUUGCUCACAUUUCAGUGCCCAACCAUGGGCAAUGGUGCCACGAGCAACUCGACGCAAGACCCGUUCUGGAACUUUUAUGUUGGUGAUCCUGCCGUCGGCAGCGGCAACCCGCUCUACGUUGGAGCCCCCAUUGAGGCGAUGGACGACUUGACCAAAACGACGACGAAUCGCGGCGGCAACUUUAUCACGACCUUCCAAGUCACUGGCACGGCCUUCAACCAGCCCAAAGGCACGUUCAAGAAGAUCUCGUACCCUCCAACCUUCUUCAGCAAAUAUCCCAAGCUCGAGCGCUUAUUUCUUUUCAACAUGGAUGUCAAAGACGUGUUUGCGAACGCCAUGGGUGACGCCAAGCUCCUCCCUGACCUCAAGUUUCUCGCAAUCGUCAACGCCAAUCUCGACGUUCUUCCCACGGAAGUCACCAAGCUCACUCGACUUCAGUUCCUCAACGCAACCAACAACAACUUGGCGUCGCUGCCUCCUCUCGACACGACGGAGCUCACGGAACUGUACUUGGGUGGGAACGCGUUCACUUCCAUCACAAACAUCCCAGCGUCCGUCACCAAACUAGAUCUGUCGCGUAACAAGUUUACGACUGUCCCGCCUGCUAUCUUCGACCUGGCCAAACUCGACACGCUGGUCCUCACUGGCAACGGCCUAACCAAUGUGGUGUUGACACCAGACCAAGUUCGCAAACUGAGCGCCCUCGGGAAGAAGUUUGAAGCAGACUUCACCGUGACCAAGUGCCCUGAAGGGUCAGGCUUCAACCCGGCGGCCAAUCCGUUGAUCAACGCCGUCGGCGGAGUCCGAGUAUGCGUCGUGGGCGAGCCCAACGUAGCUCUUGCGACUCCAACACCAUCCCCGACCACAGUUGACUCGGGUCUAAGCUCGGGCGCUCUGAUCGGGAUCAUCGUCGGCGUAGCUGUCGUACUCGCAUUGGCCGCGUUUGUCAUGUUUCGAAAGCGCCGGACAGACACGGGGUACCACACCGCACUCGACCCGCCGACCAAGGGCUACAACGUGACGGACCCGUCCGGCCAGAUGACGUACCCGUAUCCGUCUAGCGGGUCGCUGGGCAUCCUGGACGACCCCGAGCUCCUCGCGGUUCGCAUCAAUGCAGCCGAGGUGACGGAAAUCCAAAUGAUCUCGCGCGGUGGGUUUGGUGAAGUCUGGAGCGGCAUCUACCAAAACAACCCGGUCGCGAUCAAAAAGUUGCUGCCGGACAAGAAGAACUUUGACGAUGCCAUGAUGUUUGCGGCCGAAAUCAAACUCAUGGCGCGCCUGCAGCACCCCAAGAUUGUCAAGUUCAUCGGGGCGUCGUGGUCAAAUGCCAUCAACAUCCAAGCCAUCUCCGAAUACAUGAACUGCGGCGACCUGAAAUCGCUGCUCGAUCGAAGCGUCAAGAGCGGCCAGGAGCUGCCGUGGCUCACGGUCAAGCUGAACCUCGCGAUCGACGUGUCGGACGCGCUCGUGUACUUGCACACACUCAACCCCGUGUUUGUCCAUCGCGACCUGAAGUCGCGCAACAUCCUGAUCGAUGCCGACAGCGGCGCCAAGCUCUCCGACUUUGGUAUCUCCCGAAAUCGUACGGCCGACGAAACGAUGACGGCUGGUGUCGGUACAUGCCGAUGGAUGGCGCCGGAAGUCAUCCGCGGCGACAAGUAGGACAAGUCGUUCGUGACCACGUAUUGCCGAUCGAGAGACGUUGAUCGGGGUUUGUCCUGCGCCAGGCAAUGUCCCGUACAACGACGCCACCAACACGCACGGCGGGCGACUCCAAGACCACGGCAUCAUGGAGCUGGUGAGGAAGAACCAGCUCAAGCCGACGUUCUCGUCGACAAUGCCGCCAGAUAUCCUCGCGAUUGCGACCCAAUGCUUGGAAUUUGACCCGGCCAAGCGCCCCAAGGCGACCGUGGUGUCGUUCGCCCUGCGCAAGUUCCGAAAAGAGUUUGAAAAGUCGAGCCAAAGCGGCUACAGCAACCAAAAUAGCACGUUGUAAGCCCGCGGGUUAGCCAGCCACUCAACAUGUCGCCCCUCGUAAUGACAUGACCAUUGCACGUGCCCGGGGUGGAUGUACGGCGUGCACUACUGCACGCUUUGGCAACCACACGCCCCUGCUUUGACUGGCGGCUCAGAUCGACACAAUCGAAUGAACCCUGAAGCAGGAAGAGUUGUCUGCUACCUCUGUUGUCAGGUGUCAGCACGUUGCAAAGUGUAGAUCCGCUAACGAUGUCGGCUUUUGCAACACAAAUGGCGCGGAAUCGAAAUAAAUACACAUCGCCAGCACCUCCCGUCUUAGAUGGUAGCUUCCAUGGCAAUGUUUGGUGGCGGCGACUUGAAGAAACCGAGGGACGACGACGUUUGUCGGGGCGUGUUCACCACGGCGUAGCAAUCGCUUGUGUCGUCAAUGGGGUUGGAUUCGUUCGAGGCUCCCUGGCCCACGUGCACGAGGGCGACCCGUCCCUUGAUUGUGUUGGCUUUCCAGCGGCUAGCCGCCGCGCCCAGCGACGCGAUGACGACAACAGCCACAAGUGCGAGUUCCAUUGGAUUUGUGGUGUGGCUUUCCUUGGCGAUGGAGAAGUGAUCGAGGAAGGUACGAUCGCAUGCAGUUGUACUUGGGAAAUGACGCGAGCGAUGCAGCGUGG